UCCUCGGGCCACCAGCACUUCCAGCACUGCGACGUGACGCGGUGGGAGGACCAGGUGGCGCUUUUCAAGGCCGCCGCGGCCGUCAGCCCGAUGGGCGGCAUCGACGCCGUGGUCGCGGCUGCUGGCAUCAUCGAGACAAACCCGCCCCUCGAGGGCCGCACCUUCGACAUGCCCGGCGAUCUGGCCGCCGACAGGCCGCCGCCGCCGUGGCUCAAGGUGCUCGCCGUGAACCUCACCGGCGUGUCGUACACGGCACACCUCGCUCUCUUCUGGCUACCGCGCAACAGCCCCCCCAAGGAGGAGGAGGACGGCCCGACCGAGGGCGGAGACGAGAAGUCCACCCGCGCUCAGAGCCCCGAGCCGGUCCGAGACCGCCACUUGCUCUUGAUCAGCUCCAUAGCCGGCCUCACGCCGCUGCCUGGGCAGACCGAGUACACGGUGUCGAAGCACGCCGUCAUGGGGCUUUUCCGCGCCAUGCGCGGCAACGCCUUCCGGCGCGGCAUCCGGUGCAACGUCAUCUGUCCCUAUUUCGUCAACACUCCGCUCCUGCCGCCCAUUGCCCUCGGCUUGCUCGCUGGCGGAGGCAUGACUGAGAUGGAGGAUGUCGUCGAUGCGGCCACGCGCCUGGUGGCCGACGAGUCGAUUGUUGGCCGCGGCUUGGUGGUCGGCCCUAAGAUGUAUGUCGUCGAUGGCGACGAGUACUUCAAGGGGGACUCGCCGGUGGUUCUCGGCGCUGCUAGAACGACCGCCGCCGAAGAUAAGCAGGCCGCCGAGGCCCGCCAAAACGAGCAACGCGCCACCUGGGAGAUCUACGCCCACGACUACGAGAAAGUGGAGGUCUUCGUUUGGCGCUAUAUUGCCAUGGUUAAUCGGAUCAAAGCCAUUAGGGGCUUUAUCGGUACUAUCAAGGACUUGUACCGCCUCUUCAUCUCGAGGCGGGAGAAGAAAUAGACAGGAUUCGGACUUACCUCCUAGAACUACGGUUGAGAAUGGGUGAGACGAGGGACGAGGGUGCAGUAGCUAGCACUGUUGUGUAAUACACACUCACCUGCGUUUGGAAAUUGAUGGGAUGGGCAGCUAGCGACUGAAUUAAACAGAAAUUCGGAAAUUUUAGAGGAUUGGCAAAUAUGGCCUCUUAUUUUA